AUGGCGCCCAAACGUAAGCGUGGCGACGAAGUCGUACGAAACGACGUCGUACACCGUCCUGCACCUGGGACCAAGUUGUUCCCGACUGGUCGGGCGGUGCGCGAUGGCCUGGAGACUGGGACAAGGCAAGCACUCGUCUCGUUCCACCAGCAGAUCCUCACGCCGUACUCGAGCCUUCCUCUCACCAUCUCGCAUGCUACAGUCCUGAUCCUCCAACACUACCUUGACGUAUCGCCGACGGUGGAUGAGAUCUUUGCAGCCUGGAAGGCGGCUGAUGAGGCGAAGAAUGACCCCCUCGCGCAGACCGCCGCGCACCUCCUCGCCCUCAUUUUGCGCAUCCUGACCCCGCUUCCCUUCUUCCACAAGCAACUUGUCGGUAUCGUCAACAAGCUUGUUUCCCCCUCUGAACCAUACCAUGGCUUCCUCGGUCAUCUCAUUUCUUCUGGUAACCGCGAUAACAUCCACGCCGGCCUCGAUCUGGCCUCAGCGGCCGCGAACGUCGACACUCCAGAUGUCACGAACCUCCUGGGUUCUUCGCGCGGUCGCCUCGCCGUCAAGGUGUGGCAGAUAGUCGUAGACCGUGGUGCGGCUAAGAGCUUUGGCAAGCUCCUCAACAUGCGCCGCCGGAACAAGGACGGCAACAUGGUCGAGUACGGCGCCGAUCCCCUCGACCGUGCCGACAUCCGCCACCUCGGUAUCCAACUCAUCCUACCCCUCCUCCCCGCAGCUGAGUUCCACGCGCACGCCAAGGCCAUUCUUCCUAACCUCUAUCAUGGCCUCGUGGACGACCCCCCCGCGACGGUCUACCGCGUCCUCUCGGCUAUGUGGGGCGCGAUCAGCGGGCCACCUCCCGGGGUUGCCCGUCGCAUCUCCCUCGUGCUCCUGGACGAGGGAGCGCUGGACCACAUCUCGCGCUUGCUUGGUCGCGAGGCCGUCGAGGCAUCGUCCGAGCGGACCGUUGGUGACAUUGCCAAGGGCUUCCUCGAGAGCGUUACGUCCAACCCAGCGCGUGGGAUUUGCUUCCCUGACCAGGGCUGGUACGAGCGCGAGGACGAUGACAGUAAACAGAAGCGGGGGCUUCACAACCGCAUUCUGUCCAACGCGCUACGCAAGUUGGGUGCGCGUGUCGUCGAUGAUGACGGCCGCGUAGGUGCCUGGGUCCUCAAGGUAUUCGAGGCUGCACCCGAACUUGUGGCCGGAUACUGGUCGUACUCAGCACUUGCGCUCGACCCGCGCCUGGACGCGCGAUGGAUCGCGACAAUGGCGUACGUUGGUCGCGUCAUCUCUCUCCCGCUCCCGGCUCGCGAGAAGUUUAACCAGCCAGCACCUCGUGGGACAUCCGCUUCGUCGAUGCCGCCACGCGCCGCCCCUCCCGCAGUUACGACUGUCGUCGAGAGCGUUCUCCCCUCUCCCAUGACCAAGCAGCAUGUCAUGAAGGGCUUGCAGCACUCGUCCCACCUCAUCCAGCACGUUACUGCACUCGCGCUCGCGCGUGGCCUGCAGAAGCUCUCGACUGUCCAGGCUCUCUACGCGUCUAUUGCGGACGAGCUCGGCGAGAAUUCGGAGGGAGCAUGGCGUGCCGGUGCACGCGAGUUGGAGGCUGAAUGUCGUCGUCGCGUGCCCGAGGUCUCGACGCUCAUCGAGUUCGCUCAGAAGUCGGCGACCAUGGCGCGACCGCCACCUGAUGCGGAUGAGGACUGGGAGCCUGAGCCGUCUGCGGCCGCUCGCAGUGCAAUGCUCACGGAGACUGCUCUCCGUCUCUUUGGACUGUACCACAGCACCCUGCCAAGUCUCGCUGGUGAGGCCAAGUUUGACGUUGGUCGCCUGCUCGUCUCGGCGUCGAGCAAGAACCAGGAGCGCCGCGCACGCCGUGAGGCGCGCGAGGGCUCGGUCGUGUCUGACUCGGGAAGUGUCAUCUCGAUCGGAACUGUCGGCACGGUGGGGAUGGGUGGCGGCUUCGGCCACUCGCGUGGUGACGUCGAGGGCUUUGAGGCGUUGUCCCAAUUGCAUGUACUGCGACUCCUGUCCGAGGUCUCGGGGUGGAACUGGACGAACAAAGCGUCUGGCUCCCAGUUCACUUACCUUUACCACAUCCUGCAGCUGCACCUUUCGACGCGCAAUAUCGUAACGCAGGCGAUGACGACGACGUUGCUGCACCGCCUCCUCGAGCAGUCAUUGCUCUUCGAACACGACACACUCGAGCUCCCCAUCUGGCUCGACGCAUUGCCACGCGCGUCGGACACUGUGAGCGGGCCCAUGUUCGUCGCCCAGCAGAUCCACCUCCUCUCAUUCCUCGACGAGUGUGUGCGCCGCGCUCUCAAGACGCCGCACAAGUACAUCGAGGAGGGCGCCGAGGUCGUGCCCUCCCUCUCGCCACGUGAGGCCGCGUCGCCCCUCCUCAUCGCCUUUGUUGAGCAGAUCCACGCCAAGCUCAUUGGCAUGCACAUUGCCACUGAGGCGGCCGCUGUUGUCCUCAACUAUCUCCGGCGUGUCCUUGUGGGAAUCCUGGGGAAGCAGACGAGCAGAGAGUUCGUCCGCGCCAUUGUCGACCGCAUCUCCUCCUCCGUGCAGGAGGCCAAGGCCAAGGGCCAGCCGCGCAACGGCCUUCCUGAAAUCAUCUCUCUGAUUGAGAGCGAUCUCGACGUCGUGUUCAAGGGCGGUGCCAUGUCCUCUGUUGACCCGGAGACGCCUCGCCUUGUCGACGAAGCCGAGUGGGCGCAGCGCAGCUUUACGCGUAACUGUGUGGACAGCUUUGCAAAGGGCGCGGAUACUAAGCUCGGUCAGCUGGCCAUGCUCGUCAACACUGCGCCUGCGGACGAGGGCGCGCGCCAGGCGCAGUUCCUCGUACAUUUCCUCUCAUUCCGCGCGAACACGGACGUCCUUCUCCUUCUUGCGACUGUCCUGAAACGUGCGCGUGACGACAGCGCCGGCCGGCGCCUCAAGAGUGCGGUGUUCAACGACACUGCGGUGCGUGACCUCUUCCUUACGAAGGCCGGUGACAAUGUGCGAUCCCACCUCUCAGACGUUGCCGGAGGGCUCUCGCCGUGCGCGUUCGACAAGGCGCUGGCGGAACCAUACUCGCACAGUGCGGCCGAGACGAUCGAUAGCAAGACGAAGCUUCCCCGUGCGCUCGCUAUCCUCCAGCCUUGGAUCCCCUUCAUGAGUGGGUCGCAAGUCGAUGCGUGUCUCGCCACUGCCGUUAAGCGCGUCACGAAAGCGAAAGAGUUGGAGGCUGCGGCCGCCGACGUCCUUGGAUCCCUCAUCAGCGCCUCGCGCCCGCAGAGCGUGUACCCACACCUCUCGGCGCUACUCAAGCUCGGCGUAUACCGCCCGAUAACUGGGCUGCUCUCCUCGGCUGUUGCUUCGUCUCUCUCCCGGAGGCUCGAUGUCGAGGUCACGGACGCAACCCUUGGCGAGCUCAUCGCGCGCGGCGACAGCGACGGUUUCACCCUGCUUGCCCUCAUCGUCAGUCUGUCCUCGAAGGCAGCGGAAACGUUCGCCAAGCUUGCUGUCACCAGCGACUGGCUCACCGAUUCCCGCAUCCUCCCUACUGUUGCCGCUCUCAGCCCGGAACAGAUCCCAACGGAACUUGGGGAGAAGGUCGUCAAGGCCGCUGUGGAGGCUCUUGCCGACACGACUGUCUCCCAAGACGUGCACAGUGCUGCGACCACGUUGCUCACGUCUCUCCCAGAGCAGGCCAACGCCACGGCUGUUGCCGUUCGUGGACUACCGCUUGCGUCCUUCGGGUCCCCAGUCGCCCGUGCUGCUGCUGCCCUCGCCGAAACUGGGAACGCCGAAUUCGGUACAGCUCUUGCUCCUCUCCUCGACCUUGGACUGCAAUACGCGACCCGCCUGCUGAGCUCGGAUGACGAGCUGUCUGAAGAGGAGCUGGCAACCCUUGGCGCCCUCCAGAAAGCCGUCGAGCUUGGUGCCGCUAUGCGUGUCGAGCCCAGCGACCCUGAACCGGCCGUCACUGCGGCGAUUACGGAGCGCCUCAACGUGCCGCAGGCACUUGAGUUUGCUGCCGUCCUGGCCCGGCACGCCAUGCUCAAGGCCAGCUUUGUGCGACAGCAGCUGCAGCAGCUCGUAGCGUCCCGGGAGAUCUCACGCCUGGCAAUGCCCGGCGCGGACAAUGCGCACCGCCUCGCAUUCGUGCGCAUCACCCACGCUCUUUUCCUGGCCAGCACGUACGUGUCGUGCCAACCGACGUUUGUGGAGCCUCUGGUUCCUCUUUACCGUGGAACCCUGGGGCGCGCCGAUCGGCUCCUCCUCGAGCUGUUCCUCGCCUUCGAGGCGCAGCGCAAGCUUUCCCUCUCGAGCGUUCUGCAGCACUGGUCACCGAGUGGCGGCGUGUCGGCACGUGCGCUGGAUGCUCUCACGUCCCUGGACCCCCAGAAGGUGUUCAACUCAUCCGCGGCGUUCCCGCUGCGCCGUACGAACCCACCGGCCCAAGGCGCUCAGGUGGUCGACGAUGGGCUUCCACCCGACGCCAAGCCAGACGACGUGUACGACCCCGUGUUCGUGCUAGCGCUCCUCUCGACGGUACUGCAGGAAGAACUCGGAGGCCUCGACUGGGUCGAGAUCUUGCGCUCCAAUGUCCUCGGCAUGGCCGUGUGCGCGCUGUCAUCGCGGGAUGCGGGUAUGCGUCGCGUGGCGGGCUACGUCCUGGCCCGCAGUGUCCAGCUAGUCUCGAAGGCAAACUUCCACGAGCAGCUGAUGCUACUGCAGACGCUCGAGCUUGUCGCGCACUCCCUGCCGGCACCGGAGAGCGAGGAGUCUCAGCCCCGCCUCUCACCGCUCAUCACGCUCUUCGUGGCGCAUGCCUUGCGCGCUCAGGCCCACCCGGCAAAUUUCCUCUUCCCGCUCUCCUCCCGCUUCCUCCUCCAGCGCCCGACGCUCGACGUCGCCGACGUCCCUCUCCUCUACGGCAUGCUGUACGCUGCCGGCGACGGGGCACGCCGCGAGCGCGCCUGGAUCGUGCGGUUGCUGCGUGACGGUGUACGAUCGAACCGCGAUGCAGCAAUCCUUGCGCGCCGUAACACGUCCGCGCUCCUCUGCUCGCUCUUCCAGAGCAGUCUUGACGCGCCGUUCCGCCGCGCGGUUCUCGCGGCAUUGAGGAGUCUGGCACGCACGAGCACAGGUGCGCGCGCACUUCUCCGCGCGUCACUUGCGCCCUGGGUGCGCGUGCAGUGGGAGGACGCCAGCAACCACCCCGCUACUGAGGAGGUACGUGACGCUCUCCUCGGCCUUCUCGAUGACGCUGUCGCUGCUGCUGGCAUAGAGCGGGCUGCAUGGGCCGGUGAGGUGGCUGCGUUCGUCACUGCUGUUGCCAGCACAGAGCGCCUGGUUCCCCUCGUGACACUAGCGUACCGCCUCGCCCGCGCCGACGGGACCACAGUGCACACGACACUCCCGACUCUCGCGAAACUUGGCGACGAUGAGCGAGCCACAGAGCUCCUCUUCCGCGCCUCUCUCUUGGUUCCAGAGGGUGUGGAAGCGCGCCUCGCACCCACCCUUCACGCGCUGGCUGGACGAGUGGCACGUAUGCAGGACGGCGUCGGCGCAUGGGCUCGCGCCGAAGCCCGCCGGGUGUAG